AUCGAAGUGUUUCAUUAACCAACCGGAGCAAAAAAUCUUUACUUCCUUUACUUGAUUGGCCAAUCAAACGAUUCGAAACUUUCGUAGCGUCAAACGAAACACAUGUAGAUAUACAGUGAUAUAUUAUUUACACGAAAUCCAAAUCCUAGAAAACGACUGCAUUUAAUUAUUUACAAAGAAAAAAUAGUAUGAAAUGCAUAAAGUUUAAUCUUCAAAGAGAUAGAGAGAACCUAACCAUAAUAGAAGAUCUAAAAGUGAAUACUUGUGUGCAACAAUAAAUUGCAUGUAUUAAGACUUCAAUGUUCUCGUCUAAAGAACGAUUAAUACAACGCACAGGCAAGAAUAGUAUCGGACGUUAUGAUUUUUUAAAGCUUUUAGCCAUUGAAUAUAAGACAACUAAAUCUAAAGACGCAAAGGAGCAAGUACUGGCAAAUUUGGCAAACUUUGCUUAUGAUCCUAUAAAUUAUGGAUACAUGAGACAAUUACAAAUAAUUGAUAUAUUUCUUGAUACUUUAUCUGAAAACAAUCAAAAAUUGGUAUGUUUUGCUAUUGGUGGUAUAUGCAAUUUAUGUUUAGAUGCAAUAAAUAAGAUUUAUAUCCUACGCAAUCGAGGUGUUGAGUUAGUAUCAUCGUUACUUUCUUCUCAAAAUGAAGAUAUUGUGCUCUCGGCAAUUUCUACCUUGAUGUUUUUGAUCACACCUGAAUCGAGGAAUGAAAUAACGUCGUCCGAAAUAAUUAAACGCAUUCAUUCUAUGAAAACCUCAUCCAAAAUAAGAUUAUUUGCUAAUACAACAAUGAACAAUCUGAGAGAAGGAGAUCAAGUAUCAGUUUUCAAAGUGGUAACAAAUGGCGACAUACUUAAAUUUGCUGAAUUAACAGGUGAUUAUAAUCCAAUACAUACUGAAUCAGCAAGAAAUAUUGUACACGGUGCUUUGCUCAAUGGCCUAGUAUCAGGAUUAAUUGGUACAAAGUUACCUGGUGCAGGCACUAUAGUUAUUGAACAAAAUCUCGCAUUCCCUAAACCAUGUUAUGCUGGAGACUCUGUAGAAGUAAUAGUAAAAAUUAUAUCAGUCAAAAUGUUUUUAGCAUUAGUGAUUAUGACUUUUUGCAUGUCGUAUUCUUAUGCAGAAAUUAACAGUAUUGGUACAAAUAUUAAAUCAUUAAAUCCAAGUGAAGAGCGAAUUGGCUGUGUCUGUGCUGUAUUUUUAAGCGGACAAUUUACAAAAGGAAGUAAAGAACAGCCUAAAGGAUAUCCUGCAUUCCUUCAUGAACAUCCCGAUUCGGUACCAUGUAAUACUUUUGGAAACAAACUUUGCACUAGCAAAUGUCUUGAAGCUAUAGUAAAAUAUUUACCAAACAGUUCGACAAUGCUUUGUGCUUCUUUAGAUCGUGACUGUCACAAAGAAAGGGCUUAUCUUUUCAUCAAGAAUUGCAAAGAUGAAUGGAUAAAUACAAAUCUAUCUGCAGGUAGAGAAUAUUGCUGUAAAGAUGGCUCACCAUAUAAAUGUAAUAAGUAAAGUAAACUUAAGAUAACUUCUUUUUGUAUAAAAU